AUGUCGUCUAACACGGACUUUCCCCGCUUUUGCCAGGAGUGCACUCCAAGGGUUAUACACAGGGACGUGAAGGCGAGUAACAUCCUGUUGACGCGUAAUUUCGACGCGAAGCUGGCUGACUUCGGGCUGGCGAGAGUGACGGGCCUGGAUGACACCCACGUGACCACUGGGAUCGCCGGCACGUGGGGCUAUCUGAGCCCGGAGUACAUGGCCACCGGGCAGCUGACGGAGAAGAAUGACGUGCACAGCUUCGGAGUUGUGCUGCUGACGUUAGUGGCCGGGAGACGGCCCACCGUUCCAGACGCCCCGGUUGAAGAGGUCUACCUGCCGGAAUGGGCCUGGGCCCUGGCGGAACGAAACGAGCUGGAGCUGCUGAUUAAUCCGCGGCUCGAGAGGGAGAGGACGGAGCACGGCGAGAGCAUGGAGAGCAUGACCCGGUCGGAAAGCUUGUUCCCAGAUUUUGGGGAAACGUAA